AUGGCCAAAAUGUUAAAAGAAUAUAAUGGAUCACUCACCUCUAAUGAAGUCUCAGCUACAGUUGCUCGAGUUAAAACUCUGAAUAUUUUUCGUCAACUAGAUGCACAACAUACUAUUCGCAUUAUUCGAUUUCUCUAUGAAGCCAAACAACUUACUGAAAUACACGGACAUUCCGCUCUGGAUCUUUCAACAGCAAAACUUCUUGAUAUCGAUUUUCGUGAUUCAGCAGUAAAUGGAAAACAAUUGAAGGAACUAUCAUUGACUGGAAUCUUUCUGUCAAAUGCCACAUUUAUAGAUGGUCCAGAUUUACUCGAACGAUCUAGCUGGAAUGCACGUCCCUAUAGAAGUCGUGAAAAAUUACCAACAUUACCAGUUACACAUAUUGUUGUACAUCAAUUAGGAGGUCUCAGUCCAAUUAUGAAUCGCCAGGAUUGUAUUAAUAAAAUAAAAGAAGUGCAAAAUUAUCAAAUCGAUGAACAAAAGUGGGAUGAUAUUGCUUAUAAUUUUCUACUGUGUGAUGAUAGUAGUGACCAACAACAAAUUUAUACAGGCAGAGGAUGGAAUUAUACUGGUGCACAUUGUAGAGGUUAUGAUCCAAGAUCAUUGGAAUUGCCAAAGAAAAAAAUAUCAAAUCCUUCGGAUAUGGCAUUUAGUUCUGAUCCAACAUUAGUAUUACCGGAUUAUUCAAAGUUAUCUGACAGCAAGUUUACACAAAUGUUAUUAAUAUCAAUGUCCAAUACUAUUAAUCAAGAUGCACUUAUUGAAUUAUUAAACCAGAGAGAAAUAUUAUUAUUUAUUCUUGAACUUACACAAUUGGUCAAUAAAUUUAAUUAUUCUCAAUUCCAACAUGAACAAUGGCCUUAUUACAAUAAUCUUGGCAUGACCGAAGGUAUUUGGACCGACCGAGUAUCGAAAAAAAUGGCCAAAGCCAAUUCAGUGUGUUACACAUAUGGUCGAUCCAAAAACUUAAUCAAACAACGUCUUGCAAAAUAUAAACUACAAUGUGAUAAAAACCAAGAGGCUAUUAAUCAAUGUAUGAAACAAGCACCACUCAUUAUUGAUAUGCAAACUAUUAUAACCAUGAUAAAUAAUUUAAUCAAUAAAGAUCAUUAUGAAUUACGACUUGAACUUGACAGAAGAAAAACAAUGCUCUGA